CACCGAAGGUAAAACUGUAGCUGAAGGUUCCGCCGGUCCCGGUCCUCUCGUCCAGAACCGAACCGUCCAGAGACUUCCGGAGCGGGAGGAAAUGAACCGGAGCGAGUUGAGCAGCUUCGACUUCGAGCGGCGUUUUGACGACAAGAGAGCUCAAGAAUGGAUGCAGGAAAACUGGAGCACGUCCUUCGUGUUCUGCGGCCUGUACGCCGCCGUCGUCUUCGGCGGGCAGCACUUCAUGAGGGAGCGGCCGAAGCUGGACCUGCGUCGGCUGUUGUCGCUGUGGUCGCUCAGCCUCGCCGUCUUCAGUAUUGUAGGAGCCAUCCGGACCGGGCUGUACAUGCUGCACGUCUUUACUAACAGCGGCUUCAAGGAGACCGUCUGCGACAACGACUUCUACUCCGCACCCGUCACAAAGUUCUGGGCUUACGCUUUUACCAUCAGCAAGGCGCCGGAGCUGGGAGACACGGUGUUCAUCGUCCUGAGGAAGCAGCGCCUCAUCUUCCUGCACUGGUACCACCACAUCACCGUGCUGCUCUACACCUGGUUCUCCUACAAGGACCGGGUCGCCGGCGGCGGCUGGUUCAUGACCAUGAACUACUCCGUCCACGCCCUCAUGUACACGUACUACGCGGCGCGGGCGGCCGGCGUGCGGAUCCCGCGGCCGUGCGCCAUGCUCAUCACGGCAGCGCAGAUCCUGCAGAUGGUCGUGGGUCUGACGGUGCUGGGCUUCGUGUACCGCUGGAUGCACGACGUGCGCUGCCCCUCCAACAUGGACAACGUGGCGUGGGGCUCGCUCAUGUACCUGAGCUACCUGGUCCUGUUCGCCUGGUUCUUCUACAACACCUACCUGAAAGGCCCGUCCAGGGACAAACUAUCCAAGGCAGAGUAACCGGGCCUGCUUUUCCUUCCAGAUGUUGACUUUUUAUCAGCAUCUGCGUGGAAAAAGUGGGCGGCGUCCGUGGAGCGAGAGCAGGAAGAAUAAUCAGGGAAUCAGUUUAUUAAAAGUUCUGCCUCCGUGACUUUGGACCAAAGCCUUAAACAAAUAACCAAGUCAGGGCCAGAUAUGAAAAAGAAGGGCAGCACAGUGGAGC